UUCUUACUGUCGGGUUGCAGCCAUGGCUUGAAAAGUUCAUACCGCUACCUACCAUACUGUAGAAUUUAGUGCGGGCCAUAGGACGAGAAGGUGUAUGUGUUCAAAUCUAUGAGGUCUUGAUGUUUCUCUCGCGAGAUCUGACAACAUCGCGUGGGAACAAAACAGGACGAUGACAAAGCAAAAUGGCGUUUGAUAAAGACGUUAUUGUGUUCUUUCUAGUUUUCUGUUCCUAAUCUGUGCGUACAUGUACCCUUAUAUUAUAUGUGUAUAAUAGAGUAAACAGCGUUAAUAAUUGUUUACAUCCGGAUACAUUAGUCCGAGCGCACUUUGACGGUUCUCGUGCUAGCUUAGCUAGCGAGUUAGCUUUGCUUGUUAGCUGCUAACAAAGAGACGCAGAAGUGAUCAACACGUCGCUAAGCAGAGAUCAGAUGUGAGUGUAAAGUGUUGUGAUUGUGUGAAAAUGUGCGAAAGAACGAUAGCAGAGUACAAGGAGGAACAUUCUCCAACUAAAGAGAAGGAGCGACAACAUCAACUACUGGACGCUGUUUUCAAGGAACAUCAGCUUGUUUUACACAGAACAGAUGUCUGUAAAGAACAUCUUCUCCCUGAGCAGCAGGAGUGGACCGGCGGGAUGGAGCAGGGAAAACCACAGCGCCCCCACUUUAAAGAGGAAGAGGAGUCACAGCCCCCUCACAUUAAAGAGGAGGAGGUGGAGAAACAGACCCCUCACAUUAAAGAGGAAGAGGAGGAAUACUGCAUCAGUCAAGAAGGAGAGCAUAAUGAAGGACUGGAGAAGGUUGAUGUCAAUGAGAUGACACAGACUGGUGUCACUGUGAAGAGUGAAGAUGAGGUCAAAGGUGAAAGUAAGGAGAAGAGAGAAGUGGAGCCUUCAAGCAGCAGCUCAAUUCAACACAUGAAAACAGAAGCUGAUGAAGACCACUGUGGAGGAUCACCAGCAGACAAGCUCUUAGCUCCACUGUCAGAUAGUGACGACACAACGUCACACUCUCCCGACACUGAUGAUGACAUGUCAUGUCACACUGACAUCACACACUAUAAAUGCUCUCACUGUGGCAAAACUUUUAAAUAUCAUUGUCAUUUAAAAAUACACAUCAGAACGCACACUGGAGACAAACCAUUCAUGUGCUCAUUUUGUAGUAAAAGCUAUUCCCGCAAGGAACAAUUGAAAAUUCACAUAAGAACGCACACUGGCGAAAAACCAUAUUCCUGUUCAAGUUGCAACAAAAGCUUCGGAGAAAGGACAAAACUUGUACUACACAUGAGAACGCACACCGGUGAAAAACCGUACAUGUGCUCAAUUUGUGGUAAAAGAUUCUCUCAAAAGCAACAUUUGAAAGCACACACAAGAAAAAGCACUGCUGAAAAGACUUGUUCAUCCUCAACCCACGGUGAAUACUUUACACAAAAUACCGAUUUGAAACCAUAUAUGACUCCACACACUGGAGACAAACCAUUCAUGUGCAUCAUUUGUAAGAAAAGAUUCUCCCGAAAGCAACAAUUGGAAAUUCACCACAGAACACACACUGGUGAAAAACCAUAUUCCUGUUCCAACUGCUGGAAAAGCUUCGGAGAAAAAUCCAAACUUACAUUACAUAUGAGAACGCACACUGGUGAAAAACCAUAUUCCUGUUCAUGCUGCAACAAAAGCUUUGCUGACCGAUCAGCACUUGUAAAACACAUGAAUCGACGCACUGGUGAAAAACCUGUUAUCUGUUCAGUCUGUGGUAAAGGUUUUGUACAAAGUCAAGAUUGGAAAGACCACAUGGAAAUGCACGCUGAGAAAGUGUUGAGUUGCAGUGCGUGUGGUGAAAUAUUCCCUUGUAAGUACCAAUGUAACAAACACAAGUGUGCUGGUGGGAACAGCAGCAGCAAAUGAAGCUGCAGAAUUUGGAAUAAAUUGUCAAAACUUUGAUUUUCUAAUAACAUCACCACAUAUAAAAUAUAACAUCAUAUUCAUGUGUAACGCUAUCCUGUUUAAUAUGUUGCUACCAUUUAUAGAUUGGAAUGUUUUAGAUGAGGGAUUUCAUUUCAGUGUUUUUCCAAAUUGGUUUUAAAUGAAUGGCGUGUUUAUAUAUUUUCAUUUCUGAUUUUAAAUGAUUGCAUAGACAAAUUAUUUUAUAUGAUAGACAUAUUUGUUUUACAUUUGUUCAAACCCUUUUUUAGUACACAUAAAUCACUCUUAGUUCAUAUGUAUUGGUUCACAUCUGAAACAUCU